ACGCGCCACCGCCUCACAACAACAACCUCGGAGCUCUCACUAGUGCCGGUCGAGUGUUCAGUGCCACCACGUGAACUGCUGAUACGAUAUGUGAAUUGAAACGUCUUUGUCUGCUCCCGUUGGAGCUAUGGCGCGUUAUCGUAUAGCGCGCAAAAUGAAAUAGUCAGAGUGUUAGGCGACCCCCGGCAUGAGGUCGGGGGAGGGCGAAGGCUCGGAGCUGGCGGAGUUCGGUGCUCGCUGGCCGCCGCCCUACACUCAGGGCUACGGCUGGCGCUCCGCCACGCCGCAGCAUCCGCCUGCUCACCACCUCGCGAGACAUUCGCGGUCACAGCAGGACAACCGGCACACUAGCUACGAGGCUGAGGACGCUCGCGCCAGAGCGCGCGGCGGCGUCUAUUAUUCCCCGCCGGGCACAUCCUAUACCAUUGUCGAACGACCGGCCUCCUCACAUGGCCACCACACUCCAUACUCUCAACACCACUACUCGGGGAAACUAUCGAGAACACCAUAUCUCGGUUCUACUACUAUAGCAAACACUGCAGGGGCGACGAGUUUAAGAAACAGUACGAACCAUUUAAGUGCUAACGGUAAGAAACGGCCAAUAUCUCCGGAGCAGGUGCUUCGCUUAUUCGGCCAGGGCGGAGCGGCUGCGUUAGGCAAGGCUCUACCGCCGUCACAUCCGCCUGCACCGCUACCCGCACCGCUGCCUGCUCCCUUGCCGGCGAGGAGGCACUCGCCCGCCAGCAGUCCCAGCAGUACAACACACCAUGCAAUAUAUCGUGGCGGAGAGAGGGAGCGUCCGUACUCGUCAGGCGGGGCGCCGCCGCCGCCGGAGCCGGCCACGAGGACGGUCACCAUGAGCAGGGACCCCGCAGACUCGCACGGCUUCGGCAUCUGCGUUAAGGGGGGAAAGGAAGCAGGUGUGGGUGUGUAUAUAUCGAGAGUGGAGGAAGGCUCUGUAGCUGAGAGAGCAGGCUUACGACCGGGAGAUUCUAUUCUCCAAGUCAAUGGGACGCCCUUCUCUGGAAUAUCACAUGAGGAUGCACUUAAGAUGCUCAAGUCGUGUCGCCAGCUGACUAUGGUGGUUAGAACGGCUGGUGCGUUAGUUGGUAGGGCUUCCUGUUCUUGGAUGGAUCGAUACGGCAGGCCAGCCUCGCCACCACCACAACGACCCCUGAGAUCUGCAAGCAAGGAUCGCUCUAUACGGAGGGUGGAUUUGUGUAUCGAGCCGGGGCAGUCACUCGGACUGAUGAUUCGCGGAGGUUUGGAGUACAACCUUGGAAUAUACAUCACAGGGGUUGACAAGGAUUCUGUAGCUGACCGGGCGGGACUUAUGGUCGGCGACCAGAUCUUGGAAGUGAAUGGACAAUCAUUCGUAGAUGUGACUCACGACGAAGCUGUCGCCCAGCUGAAGUACCAUAAACGAAUGUCUUUGCUAGUGAGAGAUGUUGGAAAAGUUCCUCACGCUUGUACUGCUUAUGGAGAACGAGAUGCCGCCCCUAGAAUAAGCGGCUGGGGUAAAAGAAGAGGUGCGGCUGCAACAGCUGUCGAACAGAAGGCAAAGUCGUUGUUACCUCAAAGCGACUUGCCCGCGCUGGCAUAUUACAUGGAGGAAUACGCCAACAGAAGACUCACGGCUGACGCAUUCCUCACAGUUUUAAGAGAUUUACUCGACACACCCCAAAAAUAUUCCCUUCUGACGGAAAUCCGGGAGUUUUUACUUCCUGAGGACCGGCCUCGUUUCGACGAGCUCGUGUAUAGACGCCCCGAGGACGGUACAGAACACCAUGUGAAGCGAAGUGGCGAACGACACAUGCUGCCGUCGUCAACCAUGCACGACCUCCACGACCCGGAGGCGCCGGCUGAAGUGCCCCUCGUUGUGGAUCACCGCUCGCCCUCCGAGGACUCCGGCUUGGGCCUCCCGCCUCAUGACCAGGCUUACAGGAGCGGGCGCGCGUGGUGCCCUGGGGACCCUGCGCCCCCACCGCCCAAGCCGCCGGACGAAGACCUGGAGCCUCCGCCCGAGGAGUACCAGGAGGAGGGAAGGCGUUCCAGAAGACAUUCUUCACCAUGUAAUUCGAGGGAGGGCAGCACUACCGCCCUCCACACACAACACUACGACGAUGCUUGCGGCUAUCUCGAGGGACUGCGCUCAUCACUCGGUGGCUGGACGCAGAAAGUUAAAUCAUGGUACUGGGGACGACCUCUAGAAUUGGCCCACAAGUUGUCGCGUAGCUUCGACAUGAAAGAAGAAGGUGGUGCUUUACUUGAGGAUCGAGGUGGGAUCCGCAGGCACCAGUCCAUGCAGCGCCUGCAACAUGGCGAUGCCCAGAUGGACGAAGGCAGAGCCGCGAGGGUUGUUCCGGAUCACCAUGGAAACCUACACAUCACUGUCAAGAAAACCAAGCCGAUCCUUGGCAUCGCUAUCGAGGGCGGCGCCAAUACUAAGCAUCCGCUACCCAGAAUAAUCAAUAUUCACGAGCAUGGCUCAGCGUAUGAAGCUGGGGGACUAGAAGUGGGACAAUUGAUACUGGCGGUGGAUGGGCAUAGAGUCGAGGGCAUGCAACAUCAAGAAGUCGCUCGACUUAUUGCAGAGUCUUUUGCGCAACGAGAUAAGCCAGAGAUUGAGUUCUUGGUUGUAGAAGCGAAGAAGUCAAAUCUGGAACCAAAGCCAACUGCGCUAAUUUUUUUGGAGGCCUAACAUCUACUUUCCCUCCCCGCCAGCGACCCUCCGGCCGCGCUGGGCAGCGCGAUGCCGGGAGUCGACCUCAUCGCCCACACCACGGAAUAGCCAACUCCAACCUGCGCUGCCACAUGCUCUUCUGAACGGACAGACAUACAACACUCCCCGCACAUGGUUACGAUACUGAUCAAUACUAAUUAGUAUUAGAGACAGUAUUUAACGAUCUGCGGAGAGCGGUCUUUACCGUUCGCUCUACAGAGGAUAUAACAUCGAAUAGAUAGACACUAUCUAUUCCUAUCCGGACGUUGCAACGGACUGAUAUGAGAAAACGCAGGUUUUAAAAGUAGGCUAAACAAAAUUAAUGGCACAAGGGAGGCAAUUUUUUAUAAUACAAAAAAGUUUGAUGAUAUUUCCAAAACUUGUUAAAAAUCUCCAAGUACACUGCCCAAAACUCAAUGAAAUGAUCUAAAACGUCCCACUAAUUUCACCGGGAUCUAUUGGGUAUGUAACGUUUUGUAAUUGUUUAUAGAAAGUAGCGUUACCAAAUAACCAUUGGUAGUCUACGACUGAAUUUUAUAUAAAAUAUCCUAAUUUUAACAAUUGUAAUUAUCUUAUGAAAUUGAAGUACAUUCGAAUAAGUAAAUUUUUGCAAAAUAGUAACAUUUGAUACGAUUCAAAUUCAAAUAUUAAAUAGAACUAGCGAAUUUAACACGAGAAGUAACGUAGAGUUCUAAUAUAAAGUAAAAAAAAUUAGUUUGGCAUUGGUGCUACGAGAACAAAAAGAGCAAUGAUCUCAAAUCAUUCGAACUUAGUAUCACUAGUCGAUUUAGAGCUUACUUACGGGGUUUAAACAUUCCAUGUAAUGUUCAUCGGUUCACUUGCGACAUCCAUGUGCCAUCAACGUUGACAUUCGGGUCGGAAGCAUCAGGUCAUCUCAUCGCAGGUCGUUGUACCCCCGGUACAGGAAGACCAGGGUCACGUCAUCCGUAGAGCAGAGCUUGCAGCACGACGCACUGCUAAGCAACCUGCACUUUUAUAACUACACUAGCAGAGUUUCAAUUUGUUUAAACUAAUUAUAUUUGAAAUGCAAUAGAAAUACUUUAAAGUAUAUUCGUUCCGAUAAUAAUUACAAGUGAAUUAAAUUAAAUUAAACAAAUAAAACCUAUCCGUAUCAUUGAUUGACGAUGUAUUGGCGAGUUCAGUUUGCUUAGUGUGUUUGCAGUGCGCGUAACAUGUCAUUCCAUUGGUAGUUAAGCGGUGAGUUAAGAAAUUUAUGGCGGAGAGGGAUUUAAGCCCACUCGUUGUUUUACUGAUACGUAGAUUUUAAGUGAAUGUGUGCAAUAUAAUCCAUUUUAUGUUAGGUGUUAGUUACAAUUGGCUUUUAUAUUUAUUAGUAGAUCGUAACAAAUUACAAAACAGGAUAAAAAUUUUAAUCGGUAGCUUUUAUCACGUACGUCUAAUUAUAAUCAUAUCGGCAAGACGUUAUUUUCAAUCCAUUUUAACUAUGUAAAGAUUGUAAGGAAAUGUUAUUCUUUAUGUUAUCUGUGCUCUUACGGAGUCAACAAACUUAUGUCAAUUUAAUCGCAAUAAUAAAUGGAUUGAAAACUUAUCGAUUAUGUAAUUCAAUUAAUUGGAUUUUUUAAAAAUGAUUACGGAAAAUAUUCUAUAUUAUAAAAAUGUAUGUGUUAUACGCUAAAGCUUUUAAAGCCGCUGUAGAUACUGUAACCUUCGAUGAUCGUCACAAAUGUAUUUACUUGUAAAUGUGUAAUCAAUUAUUUUAAUGAAUUUGUCUUGAAUCAGUGUAGUUGUAAAUAUAUAGAAUAAAGUUGUAAAUAUAAAGUUUUGAACGUAUUGUAAAAAAAAAAUUAAAUAAUUAUAUAUCAUAAUGUUAGUGCCAAAGCGUACAUUCCUUCGAGUAUCCUGUACAGUGCUGGGUGGACAUAGUGGCUUAUACAUACAGAUUCACCUCACAUACGCUUAAAGUAAAAAUUUUAUAUAUGAAACACGCUUACACCGUUAAUAUUCAUUUAGUAGAUGUUACCUCAUCAACGUUGCUCCUUCUAUGUAUUCCUUAAAAAAUGUAUUUCGAUAAUCUUGUUUUGAGAAUGAAAAUUCAUAAAAAUAUUAUUAAUAUCGCAGGCAAACGAGAUAUUGAAUAUAAAAACAUAGGUACGUUUAGAAUUGAACAAAUAAAUUUAUUUAUAAUGAAACAUAUUUUAUUAUUAAUUUAAAAUUUAAGUAUAAAUAGAAAAUCUGUUUAUUUAGUAGCAAUUACUUCAGAUUAUGAGAAUUUUGUGAUGAUUCUCUUUAUAUUGAUGUACUGAAAUAAAAUAAAUUAUUUAAUAUAAUAUUGUUUUAGAAUUACGAAAGAAUUAUUAAUUCCAUUAAAACGAAGGAUGUUUAAUUAUAAUUCAGAGAACAAAGCAAUAUAAUAAUUUAUAUAUGUUUAUUUAAAAAUAAAACGUAUUUCUUUUUAAUAAGGAUCGGUACUUUCUCAUGUUUUCUCCAAUUGUAAUUCUCCGCUUGUAAGUAUUAUUUUUUGUCUAUGGUUACAUUUAUCAAUAUAUUAUCUGCUGUGUGCUGAGCGCCUUUCAACCCAAUUGAGAGUUACGAAAAAAGAUAUUAGCAAUGUAUAAAAAAUGUAUUGAUUUAUCGGUUUCUUAUCAAAGGUCUCCACUUAUUGUACCUACAACCUUAUGUCAAAUUUCUGACGUAGGCAUGCAUUUCAACUAAAACAAUAUUCCUGAAGUUCUAUACCGUCCAAAGUUUAUCAUUUGCUUUUAUUUGGCGGUGUGUUAAUUUAAAAAAAAAAAAAUGUUUUAGUGACAUGUUCGCGUGUUUAAAAUAUUUUAUCUAUAUCAUGAAAUUAUCAAUUGUGUUGAAACAUCUGUAUGUAGUCUGUUGUUAAGUUUGCAGUUGACAACAAAAAUAAAUUGUUAUCUAGAA